CUCGAUGUAUCUCCGAAGACGACACGUUCCUUUACAUCAGGAAGAUGCGUGUACGUCUGAGUGAUGUCUUGCUACUGGCAAUGCCUCCAAAUGAGCCGAUGAAGAGUCCCGUGUCGCUUCAUCGGCGGACAAUAAAAGCCAACACCGCGAGGGACGCCCUCCCGUGCCACUCAACUCUUAAAUAUGUCGUCCACUCAGACUUUCAGCCUUAAUCUCGGUUCCACUAUGGGCGCCAUGCUCAUAGGUGUCGUCCUGAGUGCAAUGUUCCAAGGAAUCACAACCAUGCAAACCAUCUUCUACUACACCACUUAUCCCAAGGAUCCUAUACAUCUAAAGCUUCUUGUUGCUCUCCUAUGGACUCUGGACAUGCUGUCCCUCAGUAUCAUUGCUUAUGGCUUAUAUACAUAUCUCGUGCUCGACUUCCUCGAUGUUUUCGACCUCUUGCGUAUCAACUGGGGUUUUGCAACGGAACCUAUCGUGUCUGGGACUAUUGCUUUGAUUGUCCACCUAUUCUUGGCUCACAGGCUCUGGAGACUGAACAAGAAGUGGACACCGGUUGCCUUGUUGAUCGUUGUUGCGUCGGUGUUCCCCUAUGUCCUUGUAUUCAUUGCUGCCCGGGAAGCUCUGGGCUCUGACCGUAUGUGGUCAGAGGUUAGCGCGAACCUACAUUGGAUAUCCAUAGCGUCUGUCACAUCAACAUCAGUCAUCGACCUGGUCAUCACCUGUGCAAUUUGUGUCCAGCUAUACUACAGCAAAACUGGCCUGCCACAAACGAACAGAAUGCUAUACGUGAUAACUUUGUACACGAUCACAAGUGGCCUGGUCCCGACCAUCGUCUGCUUUGGCGAUUUGAUUGCCUACGUUGCGGCACCGGACACACUGGCAUUCGAAGUGUUCCAAGUGAUAAUAUCACGAGCCUACGUGAACACUUUGAUGGCGACUCUCAACAGCCGCAACGCCAUCCGAGGACGCGGCGCGGCAAGUGAACUUGCCGCUGUUUCAGUACCAAGUGUAGCCUUCAGACGAAACACCAGCUCUGGGAACAGGUCGGCGACUCUGAGUAUGACAGGAGAUGCAGAUGUAGAGAUUUGUGCGAUAAAGCAAAACGAUGAAAUAUCCGCGCAGACCUUUUCGUGGAAUGCUGAAUAGGUGUCCUGUCGUUUUCAAGCUUCAGAAUACGCAGUCAAAGAUUGGCUAGUGAAUAUCAUUACCGUCAGAGAGCUACUGUGGGAUAUCAUGUUUAGGGCUCAGCGCGGGCAAUGGUGUAAUGCAUACUAGUGAACGUACGUUAUGAUUGAACUUCGCUGCCCUUGUAUGUGUCGCGGCCUCUCGCACAGCACGGCUCGGUGGGGGAUGAAUAUCGAUGAAUCCUAGUACGUCUCGGAUGGUGACCUUGUGCGACAACUGCAUGGCACUG